ACCGCCUACUCUUCUCCCCCACCGCCCUUUCUUCCUCUUCUUCCCCCACCCCUCAACACUCCAAUUCCCCACCAUUUCUGUUUUGUUUACUGCCACUUCUUAACCACUCACUUCUAUCACUUCUUCAGUAUCAAAUUCUCCUGUUCAAACUCUGGCAGGUGAACAGAAUUACCUUCAUCUAGCCAUGACAAAGCUGGUUGUGGAGGUUCUUGAUGCAAGUGACCUGAUGCCCAAAGAUGGGCAAGGUUCAGCAAGUCCAUUCGUCGAAGUCGAAUUCGAUGAUCAACGCCAUCGGACACAGACUAAGACGAAAGAUCUCAACCCAUCAUGGAAUGAGAAACUUGUGUUCAAUGUUUCUGAUCCAAGAAACCUUCCAAACAAGAUCAUUGACAUAGUAGUCUACAACGACAGGAAAGGCCACAAGAAUUUCCUUGGCAGAGUCAGGAUUUCUGGUGUCUCUGUUCCCAAUUCUGAAUCAGAAGCAUCAAUCCAACGUUACCCACUUGACAAGAGAGGUCUCUUCUCCAACAUCCGCGGCGACAUCGCUCUGAAAAUCUACGCUGUUUAUGACAACUCCUACUCUGUACCACCACAAGCCAAUGAUCCUCCCCUGCAAGAAUUCCAUACUAAUAAUCUCGGUGGUGGCGACGACAUCAAGAUCAACGAGAAGGAAAAGAAGAAGAAGAAGAAGAAGGAGGAGACAAGAACGCUCCACUCAAUUGGAACUAAUACUGGUGCUCCAGCUUCUGGUCCUCCUCCACAAUCAUUUUUCUCUGGCUUUGGGACUAAUUCCCAACCAAUGAAGGAAAAACCAGUGGAAGCUAGGACUGAUUUUGCUCGUGCAGCUCAACCUGGUCCUCAGGUUACUGUAAUGCAGAUGCAGGUUCCAAAACAGAAUCCUGAAUUCAACCUGGUGGAGACUAGUCCUCCAGUUGCAGCCCGAAUGCGAUACAGGGGUGGCGACAAGACUUCAAGCACUUAUGAUCUUGUUGAGCAGAUGCAUUACUUGUAUGUCAAUGUAGUCAAGGCUAAAGAUCUUCCUUCAAUGGAUAUCACCGGAAGUCUCGAUCCAUAUGUUGAAGUGAAGCUUGGCAACUACAAAGGCAUCACCAAACACUUAGAGAAGAAUCAAAAUCCAGUUUGGAAGCAAGUCUUUGCUUUCUCAAAGGAGAGGUUACAGGCUCAUAUGCUUGAGGUUGUUGUGAAGGACAAGGAUGUUGGGAAGGAUGAUUUUGUUGGCCGAAUUGGGUUUGAUCUUUCGGAGGUUCCGCUUCGAGUCCCGCCGGAUAGCCCAUUGGCUCCACAGUGGUAUAAAUUGGAAGACAAGAAGGGUGAGAAGGUUAAAGGAGAGAUUAUGCUUGCAGUCUGGAUGGGUACACAGGCUGAUGAGUCAUUCCCUGUUGCAUGGCACUCUGAUGCUCACUCCGUGAAUCAUGAGAACCUCGCUAAUACUCGUUCACAGGUCUACUUCUCACCUAAGCUCUGUUAUCUCCGUGUACAUGUCAUGGAAGCUCAGGACCUUGUACCUUCUGAUAAAGGCAGGGUUCCUGAUACUUAUGUGAAGAUACAAUUGGGGAACCAAGCCAGAAUCACUAGGCCUGCACAGAUGAGAUCUGUGAAUCCUGUAUGGAAUGAUGAGAUAAUGUUAGUGGCUUCAGUGCCAUCGGACGAGUACUUGAUCAUCACAGUCGAGGACAGAAUUGGACCCGGUAAGGAUGAAAUCUUAGGGAGACUGGUUUGUCCUGUUUCAAAAGCUAGCCAGAGAUUGGAUCCCCAUAAGCUUCCUACUGCUAGUUGGUUCAAUCUUGAAAAGCCUUCUCCUGCAGAAGAAGCCAUUACUGUUACUGAGAAGAAGAAAGAACCGAAAUUCUCGAGCAAAAUUCAACUCCGACUCUGUUUAGAUACUGGUUAUCAUGUCCUUGAUGAAUCUACACAUUUCAGUAGUGAUCUUCAACCAUCAGCAAAACACCUCAGGAAGCCAAGCAUUGGAAUUCUGGAAUUAGGCAUCUUGAGUGCCAGAAAUCUGCUACCCAUGAAAGCAAAGGAUGGUAGGAUUACGGAUGCAUAUUGUGUUGCUAAGUAUGGGAACAAAUGGAUUAGAACUCGAACUCUUCUCGACACUCUGCACCCUCGAUGGAAUGAGCAGUAUACUUGGGAGGUCUAUGAUCCUUGCACAGUCAUCACUGUUGGUGUUUUCGACAACUCCCACAUCAAUGGAAGCAAAGAUGAUGCCAAGGAUCAAAGAAUUGGGAAGGUGAGAAUUCGAUUAUCGACAUUAGAGACUGAUCGAGUAUACACUCAUUUCUACCCUCUGUUAGUCCUCCACCCCUCUGGUCUUAAAAAAACAGGGGAGCUUCACUUGGCAAUUCGCUUCACCUGUACUGCAUGGGUUAAUAUGGUCAGCCUCUAUUCCAGACCAUUGCUACCCAAGAUGCACUACCUUCAACCCAUUCCAGUCCGCCACAUCGAUAUCCUCCGUCACCAGGCAAUGCAGAUUGUGGCAACACGGCUUAUGCGUGCUGAGCCACCACUUCGGAGGGAGGCUGUGGAGUACAUGCUUGACAUGGAUUACAACAUGUGGAGUCUUAGAAGAAGCAAGGCCAACUUCAAUCGCAUAAUGUCACUCCUCUCUGGGUUAAUGGCAAUAGGCAAAUGGUUUGAUGAUAUCAGUAAUUGGAAGAACCCAGUGACAACAGUUCUAGUACAUGUUCUGUUCCUGAUACUGGUCUGCUACCCAGAGCUGAUUCUACCCACUGUGUUCCUCUACCUGUUCGUGAUUGGGAUAUGGAAUUAUAGAUUCAGGCCAAGGAAUCCACCCCAUAUGGAUGCUCGCCUAUCACAUGCAGAGUUUGCUCACCCUGAUGAACUGGAUGAGGAAUUCGACACAUUUCCAACGUCACGGCCAGGGGACAUGGUAAGAAUGAGGUAUGAUCGGUUGAAGAGUGUGGCAGGGAGAGUGCAGACAGUGGUAGGGGACCUGGCAACACAGGGGGAGAGGGCUCUUUCCUUGCUAAGCUGGCGUGAUCCAAGAGCCACUGCAAUCUUCAUCUUCUUCGCAUUGGUUUGGGCAAUUUUUCUUUAUAUUACCCCUUUUCAGGUGGUGGGAGUUCUAGUGGGGCUCUACCUGCUACGACACCCAAGGUUUAGAAGCAAGAUGCCCUCUGUACCUUUCAAUUUCUACAAGAGGUUGCCUGCCAAGACAGACAUGCUUCUCUGAAAAUAAGACUUUUGUUUACAAACAUGUUAUUAUUUGUUAAUUCUUCAGGUACCCACCGAAUCUGUCUAGUUGAAUGAUAAAAAAACAGAACCUUUUCUACUAA